AUGCAUUCAGAUGCCUUCGACGUUAUUCCUUUCGAGGAUAUCAAAGGAAACUGGAAGAAGUUAGGCUCUGGAUCGUUCGGAAACGUCUACAAAGGGUCAUACCUCGGGAUCGAUGUAGCUAUCAAGGAAGUACUCCCGUCUACGGAGUACGACGUGGCGAAAUAUUUCGAGAGGGAGUGGAGGCUGAUGAAAGAAGCCCGUCAUCCGAACGUCGUCCUGUACCUUGGGCUGUCGCGUGCCCCGGACCCAGAUGGCAGAGUUUUUAUUAUAUCGGAGUUCAUUGAAAACGGCAACUUGCGGAACUACAUCUAUGACAAGAGCAAACCUAUGCCAUGGCGGCUCCGCCUUUCGUUCGCGACAGACAUUGCGCGGGCUCUCGCCUAUCUCCACGCGCGGAAAUGCAUCCAUAGGGAUCUGAAGGGUGAAAAUCUUUUAGUCACUGCCAACGGUCGUCUCAAGAUUACCGACUUCGGCUUUGCGCGGAUUGCCGCUCGCAGCGAAGAAGAGAGCAAACGUUUGACUUUCUGCGGCACGGACUCGUACAUGUCUCCGGAGAUUCUCAUGGGCAACGAAUUCGAUUUGCCGACUGAUAUCUUCUCUCUUGGUGUCAUCUUCUGCGAGAUCGCUGCGCGUAAGCUCGCAAGCGAGCAUACCUUUAAACGGCAUCCGCCUUCCUUCACCAUUGAUUUUGAAGAACUGAAGAAGCUUGCAAGUCCUGGAUGUCCUCCAGCGUUUACUCAACUCGCCGUGGACUGCUGUGCCGAAGACCCUCAUGGCAGACCCACAACCCGCGUCAUCCUGGAUAAGCUGCGCGAAAUUGAAGCAGAAGUCUUGGCCCGCCCAACGGAGGCAGACGAUAACAUCGGAAGCGUCAAGUUUAUGACUGGCAUGCGAAGGCCGGGUGCUGCCCCGCGUAUACCCAGCUUCGGCAUCGGUGUUGGCCAGGACAUCAAGCACGAAGCUCCGGGAACUUCGGUAGCAAGCAACGGCCAGCAUUCGAGCGAUGGAGAAGAUAGCGAUAGUGAACUCAUGGAGGCCCUCUCGAGGCUCAGUACGGCGGGCGUACACAGCGGUUGGAGUGAUGCUACAGUAGGUAUGCACGUUCCCAUUCCUCUCUUAUCGUGA